AUGGUGCACGAAGAAAUCCCUCCACUCUUGCGGGAGGACGGUUGUGUAGAGAUCUGGAAUACGGGUGAGGAAGUCGAGGAUAUGCACGCCCCCGCACAGGUUGCGGAAUAUAGUAGAAGUCGUUAUGAAGGAGAGGAGGGAGGAUAUGUAGGUGUCCGCAUCCGGCCAGCAGGCGGGGAGCGGAAGGGGGGUUUCGGGGCGCAUAGUGCAUGGAGGGGUAUCGUGGGCUUCUCAGAUGGGCAGAUGUUCUAG